CUUAACAACCAGUCUAACAUUAGCUCUUCAACAGCUAUUUACAAUUCAAGCAACAAGCUAAGAAUAAAACAACAUCAUUUUUAUUUAUUUAAAGUGUUCGACGUCUAUAAAGUGUUUUUAUUCAAUCAGUGAUUAAGUGAUUUUCUUUUCGUUUAAGUGCAAAUUAUAUUGAAGUAAAAUUAGCAAUGAUGACGGAAACCGUAGUUCAAGUGCAAGAUUCAUCGCCACAUUCAAAUAAUGCCGCAAAACCAAAUGAACAAAAUGGUCAAGCAAAUCAACAACAAUCACCUUUAGGUUGGGUGAAACUUAAUGUGGAUUAUUUUAAAACUUUACCGGGAAUGUUAAAAAUUGCUGAAGCGUUAUUAGCAAUCAUAUGUUUAGCGUUUGGAUCACCUGCAUAUUUGGGAGGAACACAUUUCUUCUUAUUCGUAGUAUCAACAAGUUUAAUUGCCACAAUUAUAUGGAUAUUCGUUUACUUCUUAGGCGUUCGUGAAGCAUUAAAUUUACCCAUCAAUUGGAUGCUUACAGAAUUAUUAAACACAGCAAUUGUAGCUGGAUUGUAUCUAUUAGGAUCGUUAAUACAGUUAAUAGCAUGGUCGCCAUAUUACGGUCAUCCAAAAGGAGUUAACAUUACAGCUGGGAUUUUUGGUUUAUUCAACACAUUAGCAUAUGCACUUGGCGCUUAUUUAUUAUAUAUCGAGUGGAAAAACAACAAUCGCGUUGGUCAAUAAACAUCAUACAGAAAUUAUUUUGUACAAUAUAUCGAAAAUAAAUAGAAUUCUAAUAAAUUACUUAGAAUUUAAGUUAUUUACUUUGUACUGAUUAUAUUAGAAAAAAAAUUUUUAUGAACAAAGAAACUAUACUUCAAAUCAUUUUUAGUUUUUAUUUGUCUAGUCAAAUUCGGAAAAAGAUAAUAAACACAAGUGGAAAAAAGAAGUUUAACGAAAAUUUGGAAUUAAAAUAGUUUAAUGGUUAAUUUUCUGAUAUAAUUAUUGCAAUGAUAUAAAUACCUGAAGUAAAACUAUCCAAGAAUACACAUUGCCUAAGAAUAUGCAUUAAUGUAUGGACAUUUAGGCUCUCCGGCAGACACCACGCAAUAUUUUUUUAAAUCUAGGCUUUCCUUGAAAAACUAUUAAUACUUUUGCAAACAAAGUCAAUUGAGAAAACUCUGGUUUGACUAUCUGUAAAGUACUAAUUUCUCUGGUUUGAAUAUUGGAAAGCUUUUGUUGAACGACACUUUAUUUUUUUCUCUUGUAAUAUUAGACUCUUUUAGUGCGUAUUUUUAGAAGGUCUGUAGCCUAAGAUUAAAGCAUUGAUUUUGUUAUACACGGUGUUCUGUUAUUGAUAGCAGAAAAGUAUACCAGUAAAUUAAGCUUAUCAAGACAAAUGGAAAAGCUAUUUACCAAAUUUCGAUCUGAAGCCUGAUUCGGGAGAUUCUAGAUC